UUUGGAGUUAUCUCAGUUAUCUGAACAUUCUGAACAUCUGAACCUUCAGUUUUGUUUAUUAUGCACUAGUUAAUAGUUAUGCAAUUAUGCAAAGUAAACGUUUUUAAAACUUAGUCGUAUUUCUUAAAGUAAUAAUGUUCGUUUGAUGUCAGUUGCUGGUUGUAUUUUAAACUUGUUACGUAUAAAAUUAAUCGACUAAUCAUAUAGUUUGUUAAAACUAAAAUAAUUAAAUUAAAUGGAAGAGACUAAUGCACCAUUCCAUAGUACUACAACAUUGGUGUUACGCCCACAAGUAAAUGAUGGCCAAGUGGUACAUUUAAAAUUAAAGAAACCCAAAAAGAGUCACAAACAGGUUAGUUGGGAUGCACACGCUGUAGACAAUGAGCACUUAAACAAGAAAAAAAGCAAAUGUUGUUGUAUUUACGAAAAACCAAAAAAAUUUGGAGAACCUGAUGCAGACGAAAGCAAUGACAGUGACAAUGAUGAAUGUGCCAGUUGUGUGGGUAGUAAAAAAACACAUCAACUGCACAAGCAGGAGAACAAUAUCGAAGAACCUAAAGAAGAUAGUUGUUAAAAUACGUAUUAACGUAUCUUUGCAUUAAUUGUAAACUUAAGAGCUACAAAUUUUAACAUAUUCGAUAGUUUCUUGGAUAGAAUUAAAUACUUCU